GAGUCAAAAUUUCGGCCCGAACCGGCCGUGUACCUUCCAUUUAUAUAUGCAAUCGCGUUAACCUUCCAUUCAUACGCCAUCGCUCUGUUCCAAUUAUCUCCAUCGACAACAAUAAAAUCGUCACAUUCUCUCUCUCUCUCUCUUUCCUUUCUCCCACUUUUCGUCUCUAGGGUUUCCCCUGUAAUGCUAAAGGAAGCUCCGGCUGCAUAGCUGCUUGAUGCAUUUGUAGCAAUCUAUGGAUUUCUUGAAUUUUCUCCACCAUGACUUGUCAAUAAAGAUUCUUACAUCUUUAGAAGAUCCAUCUGAUCUUGUUCGCUUUGGUGCUGUCUCACGCUCCUGGCAACAUUUUGUGAUUAAAAAUGGUCUAUGUAAGCAACUGUGCCUGAGAAUGUUUCCUCAAUUAUCUCGAGUUGAUCAUGUCAACGAGCUAAGUGGCCCCGCAAGAGGGCAUGCUGAAGCUGGAUGUAGCAAUUUUAAUGAAUGGGAAGCUUUGAAGAGGGAGCAUAGAGUUUAUGCUUUUUUAGCUCGAGGUUGUUUGUCGUUUGCUAUCAGGGAGUGCAUCUCAGAAGCAAUCAUCGCUUCUAGCACUGAUAAUUACCCGGAGGAAAGCAUAGAUAAUACCUUGGAACCAAGAGAUAGGGUGGCACGAAGAGCUUCUUAUUGGUCAAGUAAAGGACAAAAAAACCCUGCAGUGCCCGAAACAUUGACAUAUAGAUUAUGUGCUGAUUUAUGUGUUAUUACUGAAAUCAGUAUAAGACCAUUCCGAGCUUACUUCCAGUUGGGUAACCCAAUUUACUCAGCUAACUCAGUGAGAUUUCAGAUGGGCCAUAUCAAGUCCUCUGUGGACAAUCUUGUGAGUGAAUCUUUCCAGGAUUGUGGUAAUGAGAAGUUUGUAUGGACUUACACCUCUGAAGAGUUUAUGAUGGCUCAGGAAAAUAAAUUGCAGACUUUCAAGCUUCCGGAACCUGUUCUUUGCAUUGGUGGAAUUUUACAGAUUGAGCUGUUGGGUAGGGUCCAGAAACAGGAAAUGGAUGGCUUAUACUAUAUAUGUGUCUCUCACGUUGAAGUAAUGGGACGUCCAUUAUCUCCCGCCUUUGGCAUUCAGAUGCUUGAACCCUCUGAAAAAUUUAUGCUGGAGGCACGGAGUUAUACACCACCACCACCACCCGUACCUGAACAGGCAAGUUCUGCUUCCACUCUGCAGAUGCGAGUGAGAGAUUUGGAGCAGAUUGUGAAUUUACUGCGUGAAAAUGGGGGAAAUUUAGUUGACAUCAUCGAAUAUGGGUAUGGAUGGGAUUUACAGGGUGAAGAAUCGGACGAGGAAGACAUUGACAUACAAUAAACUUGUACUAGUUUUCAUCCCCUUUUGAACUGAGUUGUAGGUCACAUGGAAGCUAAAGUUUCCUGCAAGGCUGCAACACUAGUAGUGUGUGGGGCGAUUAGCCCCCUUCCGAGUGUUACCUAAACUUUGUCUGGGGCUUUAGUUAUUCUGAUUUAAUAUGUUAGUGUUACUAAUAUU